AGCGAGUGGUUGGCCAGGACGAGGAAUUUGCCGUUCUACAGUCUAGUGGGAGUUGCAAUAAAGGAGGGACUGUGAUUGCUAUAGUUACGUGGAAAAGUAAUAUGUAACUUCUCAAAAAUACGCCUUCAAGUCUUAAUCCGUGACUUGGAGAUACUUGUUCUGCCGCUAGAGGUUCUAGAGUUACUGCAUUGGGAAGUUGCAUUUUGCUUCGUUGGUCACAGUGGUCAACAAUUAGUCUUGGAAGUCGCAAGACAUUGAUAUAUUUUUGUGCGUGUGAAUGGUAUAAACGCUAGAAACGGACUAAAGAGGUUUUAUAGCUUCAUAUAUAUCUUACGAGAAAGUUUUAUUUUGUCGAUUCAAAAGGCAGUAACCACAUUACAACUGUGUUUUUGGUGUUUUGCUUUCUGCAGCUGCUUGUGUAACCAUAUCCUAGGAACAGCUCAACUAUUCCAGGUUUCUGGCAUCGUGUCUUAGUAUUAUAAAAAAUCUAAACUAUAUUAAACAUAAUGGGGAAACAUGAAGUCGGUACCCCAAAAUAUAUUGCCAACAGAAUAAAGGCGAAAGGCCUCCAGAAACUGCGUUGGUAUUGUCAGAUGUGCGAGAAGCAGUGCCGUGACGAGAAUGGUUUCAGGUGCCAUAUGUCGUCAGAAUCACAUCAGCGGCAGCUUCUUCUAUUUGCUGACAAUACCGACAAAUACAUCAAUAAUUUCAACAAAGAAUUUGAAAGCGGCUUUCUGGAACUACUGAAACGCCAGUUUGGUACAAAACGUGUUCAUGCAAAUCGUGUGUACCAGGACUAUAUCGCCGAUCGUUAUCAUUUGCAUAUGAAUUGUACGCAAUGGGAAACAUUGACAGACUUCGUGAAAUGGCUUGGAAGGGAAGGAAAGUGCAAAGUGGAUGAGACUGAAAAGGGAUGGCAUGUACAGUAUAUAGACCAUGACCCAGAAACCAUUGCAAUGCAAGAAGCUCUUGGUCGCAAGGAGAAGCUCGACAGAGACGACCAAGAGAAGAUGAUGGCCUUCAUUGAAAAUCAAAUUGAGAAGGGGAAAGAAUUUUCCAAGAAUUACACUCCUGUCUACGCGGAAUUUGUGCGACCAAGUGAGGAAUAUAAAGUUGUUGUAAAUUUGAAAGUAGAAACAAAAAGCGAUGAAGACAUGAAAAAUAAUAAUUUGUUGGCAAGUAAUUCCUUGAAGAAUGACUACAAGAGAGGAGGGUGUUCUUCAUCAGGAAACAGCAAAGUCUCAAAGAACUGUGGAAGGAGGGGUGAAAAGAGGACAUUAUCAGCCCUGGAUGAGAUUAUUAAAGAUGAAGAGAACAAGAAAGCACAUAUAAACAGAAAGGAUUAUUGGUUGGUUGAAGGAAUUGUUGUGAAAGUGAUUGCAAAGUCUCUGGGUGAAAAAUACUACACAAAGAAAGGUGUUGUGACUGGAGUGCCAGAUAGGUAUGCAGCUACUGUAACCAUGUUAGAUAGUGGACACAAACUAAAACUAGACCAAGAACAUCUUGAAACAGUGAUACCAGCAAUAGGGCGACCUGUGCGUGUUGUAAAUGGUGCUUAUCGUGGUUGCAGUGCCAUACUUAGGGAACUGGAUCAGAAGAAAUUCUGUGUAACCAUUGAAAUAUCCUCAGGUCCUUUAAAGGGCAGAAUAGUUGACAGAGUGGAAUAUGGAGAUAUCUUCUUGGAGCAACAACUGCCAGAGAAUGUGACACAAUCUGGGCUUAACAAGGAGGAUCCAGGAAUGGCCCCCUCCCUCCCGUGUACAUUCCAUCAACGGAGGUCAUGUUACCAGGAGCCUGUGAAGCAAAAAGCAUGUGUUGUCUCUGAAGCAGCUGGGGAGAACACAAGGAGACCUACAGAGGGCUACGUGCUGGAAAGGAUAUAUCUGGGGUCCUGCCAAAUUUUAUUUUCUACGAGAUAGUGCCAUGCAUCAGUGAUGCACGCCACUCCUCUGCUUCAACAACUCACAUUACAUACAAGUUCAGGCAUAAGCACCAGCCCUUGCUUUAUUUUCACAUUCAUCCUGCUGUAAAUUAUAUACAGAAUCAAUACAUCAUCCAAGAACACAUGCUACUAUUCGCACUGAAGUGAAGAAAAGUAGAAAGUGUGUAGUCUGGAAGAGACAAUUUGUGGAGGGAGUUGGAAGUGCUUGAAGAAGUAUGCAGUUUGUUGCUCAAGAAGACUUGCUGGUGAAAGUUGAAGUUUCUUUUGCACAUUAUCUUGUAGAAAAUAAAAUUGCACGACACUGCACACAUGUCCUCUCCAGCACGUUGACUCUCAUGCCCCCCCCCCGGCAAAGCAAAACCAAAAGGCUACCAUUAGUUUUCAUCAUCCUCUACCAAAUAAAUAAAGCCAUUAUUUAGUCAGUUUUAUUUAUAAUAAUUCAAAAUCUUGUUAUACCAUUAGACCUUUUCAAUAGAAUGUGCAGAGAGGAAGUUUUGUAUGUUGUUGAGCACUGUUGUGUCAGGGUUAAGGUUACUAUCUAUUUGUUUUAUCUGCAAAAGAAAGGUAAAAUAUUGUAACGUGUUAAGACACUGAUCCCACUUCUGACACCAGUGUAACGUGUUUCGUUACU